AUGAGUGGCGUAAUGGAGGGAUACUACGAGACUGUUCAAUGUGAUGCCCGUGGCUGCUAUUGCGUAGCGGCCCAUACUGGCUUAACUGCUUUCGAUACCUACACAUCGAGUAGUAAGACGCAACCGAAGUGUUCAGGCUGUCAUAACGAACUGAAGAAACUGUUCGCCAAUGGACCUGUGAAAGAGGGAACCUUUGUCCCCAAAUGCGAUAUUAUUCUAGGUAUGAGUUUUUGCUGA